UUGGUGGCCAGGAAGACAGUGUUGUGCUCAUCGGCGCCUAGCCAGACUGAGGCUGCCAACUGGGGCUGGCACCCGAGCACCCAGGGCUCGCCCACCCCGACCCCGCAUAGCCGCAGCAGAGGGCUGUCGGUGGGAUCCCCGUGUGCUGGCCUGGGUUGCGGCGGUCACUUUGUGAGGAGCUCCGUGGGCCUCUGGAGAUGCUCCCGGCACUAGACAACGGGCAGGACCCCUCGGCAGCCAUCACGGUCAUCAAACGGACUCUGGUCAGCUCGGUGAAAGCACUGCAGAGGCAUUUUGUGGCCUCGGACGCGGUGGUGACCAGUGAAGAUGGCGAUGCCAACACCCUGUGCUCGGCACUGGAAGCUGUGUUUAUUCACGGGCUGAAAGCCAAGCACAUCAAGGCCGAGGGCCGGCGGGAAGAAGGCCGGCGGCCGGGGUCCCUGCCGCCGGUGUUCUGGCCACUCCUGAAAGCCGUCACCCACAGGAACACGGUGGCGGAUGUGGAGGGCCUGCCGUUCAUCACCAGCGAUGUGGGGCGCUGUCGGGCCUGGGUGCGCCUGGCCCUGAACGAUGGGCUGGUGGGCUGUCACCUGCAGCUGCUGCUGCGCGAACGGGCGCUGCUGGCUGAGCACUACCUGCGGACUGCCUUGCUGCUCGACCCCGAGGAGGCGGAAUUCCUCCUCAGCUUCCUGCAGGGGCUCACUUCCCUGACGUUUGACCUGUCCUACAGUCUGCCGUCUGAAGAGUGGACGCUGACGCCCCUAGCCCUGUCGGGGCUAUGCCCGUUCUCGGAGCCCGAGCCGGGGUGCGGGGCGGGGCGCGGGCCGGAGUCCUCGGACUCGGGCUCGGUGUCCUCGGGCUCGGACGACAUCGAAGUGCGGCGCUGUGGGCUGCCCAGUGGCAGAGCCCGACCCAAGCGGAAGCUCACAGCGUCCUCGCUCAGCCUGGACACCAUCGGCUCCUCCCAGCUGUCCUGCAGCCUCAGCUCGGCCGGCGGCCGGGACAGGCCCGCCGAGCCCACGGACCGUUCUGACGAAGCCGCGGCCUGCGACUGGGACACCGGGCCCGUGCCUGACCAUGAUGCGGACCGCUCCCUGCAGGAGGUCCUGACGGAAUUCAGCAAAGCCCAGGUGAACGGCACGUCGGCCCAUGGGCCCGGCCCCUGGGUAGAGACUCCGCCGUUGCCCCAGGAACCCCUCUUUCCCUGCGCCACUGGCACUACCGCGCACCUACGCUUCGACGGCCCCGCUGACCAGUCUGUCGACGCCACAGAAGGGAACCAAACUCCACCCCUCGUGGUCCCCACGGAAGAGGAGGGAGCGGCCAUUCAGGAAGAGGACAGCCGAGGGGCGGAGAGCACCCCGCUCCCAGCGGCCUGUCCGAAGAGCAGGAGCUGGAUCUCGGAGGAGGACUUCUACCGUCCGACCCCCGCGCGCGGCCCAGACCCCGGCUCGGACUUUGGCGCGCUCUUCCCAGCGGCGGCGGCAAAGACGGUCGAGUCGGCUCUGGUCCAACCCGUCCCCGGGAUCCUCUCAAAGAGCAGCCGCCCAGGAGCCGGCGAGCGAGCCGACCGGCCACCCCUCGAUGUGGGAGCCCUGCGGGAGAGGGGGAAUUUUCGUGUGAUUCACCGAAGGCAGAUAGGCCUCUCGAACCCAUUCCGUGGACUCCUGAAACUGGGGACGCUGGAGCGCAGGGGCCCCAUGGGGCUGUGGAAGGGGCUGCACUGCGAGCUGUCUCCCACCGAGCUGCGCUUCUUCGCCAGCCACGAGGACCGUACCUGCGUGGACAGCUGCUCCCUUCUGCGCUGCGAGUCCCUGGGCCGUGUACACCGCGAUGGCCGCUUCGAGCUGGUCUUUGCCGGGAAGAAGCUGGCCCUGCGUGCUCCGUCCCGCGGGGAGGCCGAGGACUGGCUGGACCGGCUGCGGGAGGUCCUGCCCCAGAGCCGGACGCCACCCGAGGAUGAGUGGGAGACCCUGGAGGACCCGGACCCGCGGGUCUCCCCGCCGGCGGACUCGGCGUCGGACUGGACGUCCCUACUGGCCCCAGAGCCGGGCGCCCUCAAGGAGGCGGUUGUGCGGGUGGCCCAGGGGGAGGCGUGGACCCCACAGCUCCUGUCCCUGUCGCCCGAGAUGCUGCGGUGCUUCCGGCUGUGCGGGGGCGGCCCCGGUGGCGGCCCCGCCGCCAAGGAGCUGACCUGCAGCCACAGCGUGGGCACACUGCGGGACGUGCUGCCCGACCCCGGCCUCGGAGGCCCUGCCUGCUUCAGGAUUGUCACGCCCACGGCCACGCUCAAGGUGCGGGCCCAGAGCGCGCGCGAGGCCACUCAAUGGAGGCAGCUGCUGCGCCACGCCCUGGCCUGCGCCCAGGAUGCCGCGGGGGCCGCGGAGGCAGCGGAGGGGCUCGGGCCCGACGGGCCAGAGACGGGGCAGCGGGCGGCCUGCACGGGCGGCUUCCAGCCACGGGACCUGCUGGCCCUGCCCGUGGAGAAGGGUCUGGAUGCCCAGAGCUUCAUCUGUGCAGGCUGCGCCCAGCCCAUCGGCUUCUCGUUUGUGAGACCCAAGCUCUGCGCCUUCUCCGGCCUCUAUUACUGCGACGCAUGCCACCGGGACGAUGACUCCGUGAUCCCCGCCCGCGUCAUCCACAACUGGGAUCUCAGCCGGCGUGCCGUGUGCCGCCAGGCUCUGAGUUUCCUGGAACGGAUCCGCGACCAGCCACUCAUCAACCUGCAGCAGGUGAACUCCAGCCUGUACGAGCACGUGGAGCGCAUGGGCGGCAUCUGGAGGAGCCGAGAGCAACUGAAACUCCUCGGGGAAUACCUGACCCUCUGCCGCAGCGGGGCCGGCAAAGAGCUCAGUCAGCGGGUCGGACACAGGCAGUACCUGCUGGAGUCUCCCCACAGGUACAGCGUCGCUGACCUGCGCCAGAUCGCGGAUGGGGUGUUCGAAGGCUUCCUCCAGGCCGGGAUCCAGUUCGCCUCCCAUCACGUGUAUCACUGCGACCUCUGCACCCAGCGGGGCUUCAUCUGCCAGAUCUGCAAUCGCGAUGACAUCAUCUUCCCCUUCGAGCUGGACACCACCACCAGGUGCCAGGAAUGCCGAACUGUGUUUCACCGCAGCUGCCAGGCUGGGGCACCGGACUGUCCACGCUGUGCCCGCCGGAGGAAGUACCAGGAGCAGAGGCUCCAUGCCUAGCGCUGCUCCUGUCAGGUUGCCGGCCAGCUGGCCCGAGGCCCAGGGUCCACCCCAUCCCUGCCGUGUUCUUCGUGGGCAGGCUGCGGUCCUGGGGACUGGCAACUGAGCGAACACGAUGCUGACCCAGCCGGACCCCUUCUCUCCAUCGACUCUCACCUGGAGCAGAGGGCACCAAUGGUGGCUGACAUGACAUGACAUGGGCCCCGUGGUGGCCCUGGGGUAGAGCUGAUUAAAGUUUUUUAGGAUUUUCCA